GGAAGCCUCUGGGGGGAAACCUUUAAGUCUUCCAACUUGUGCUGCCAGUUGCAGCCCCCCAAAAAGGAACCUUCAGUUGUAUGGCUGUCAGCCGAGACCAUUCAGUCUAGCGCCUUGUGAUUUUUAUGGAUUUCCCGGGUGAGAGAAACAAAAGGCUGCGUCUGAAAGACGAGCAUACCACCCAUGUGGGAGGAUGACUGCACUCUUUCCAGCGCGGCCUGAGUUGGAUCACAGCAGGCUGUGAAGGAUCUCCUCCCGUUUGCGAUGCCAGCGAGAGGACCCAUGGGCGGCUUGGUUCCUGCCGCUCCUUCUCCAACCGGCUCCUCCUUUUUUUAAUGCCUCCGUGUAGAACUUUUGCCUGGGCUCGCUCUCUCCCUCAUGGAAACCACUUUGACGGAUCCCGUGAUGCUUUCCCUGGAAGUGCGGUGGGAGAGACUUUCGCACCUUACCCUGGUUCCGAAUUCCUUUUGACGUUGAAUCUUCUGAGUGGUCGGAGCCGGAUGUUGAGGUGGUGGUUGCUUUUCAGUGGGAGCGUUGUGUUGGCCAGGUGUCAGAGGAGCGGAGGACUUUGUUUUCUUGAAGUGGAGGAGUGUAUCUUUUGUGCUGUGUAGCCCUGUUUCCUUGCGAGGGAGACGGCCUUGGGAGUAAGACUGCUGUAACGCGAUUCCAGUGCCAGGCAAGGAAGAGAGAGAGAGAGAGGAGCGCCUUUUGCUGUUUAGCUGAAUGCUUUGAUAGAUAAUAGCAGACAUGCUUUGUGGGCUGAAAAAGGAUUUGCAGUCUGGUUUUGAUGAUGGGCCUUAUUCAAAAGGAAGCAAAGACUCAGGUGGAUUGGAUACUGCGUUGGUCUCAAGAAGACAAAGUAUACCAGAAGAAUUUAGAGGAGUCACGAUUGUGGAGCUAAUCAAAAAGGAAGGAAGCACCCUCGGAUUAACUAUAGCUGGUGGCACAGAUAAAGAUGGGAAACCAAGGGUCUCUAAUCUAAGGCCAGGAGGAUUGGCAGCAAGGAGCGAUCAGCUAAAUGUUGGUGAUUACAUCAAGUCAGUGAACGGGAUUAACUUGACAAAAUUGCGACAUGAUGAAAUUAUAAGUCUAUUGAAGAAUGUGGGAGAAAGGGUAAUAUUAGAAGUAGAAUAUGAGCUACCACUAGCUGCCCCUGAUAAUAGUGCUGGCAUCAUUCCAAAAACCAUUGAAGUUACCCUCUAUAAAGAAGGCAAUAGUUUUGGAUUUGUACUACGAGGAGGAGCCCAUGAAGACUGGCAUAAAUCCAGGCCAUUAGUACUGACUUAUGUUAGACCAGGUGGCCCAGCAGACAGGGAAGGGUCUUUGAAAGUUGGGGACCGGCUGUUGAGUGUGGAUGGGAUUCCUCUUCACGGUGUGAGUCACGCUGAUGCGCUAAACAUUCUGCGUCAGUGCAACCAGGAGGCCCUGUUCCAGAUCGAGUAUGACGUCUCUGUAAUGGAUAUGGUAGCCAAUGCGUCAGGCCCUUUGCUAGUGGAAAUUGCAAAGGCUCCCGGUUCUGCCCUAGGAAUCACAUUAUCAAUGAACACCCAUCGGAAUAAACAGGUCAUAAUCAUUGAGAAGAUCAAGCCAGCUAGUGUGGGAGACAGAUGUGGGGCUCUGCAUGUAGGUGAUCAUAUCCUUUCCAUUGACGGGACUAGCACAGAGCAUUGCUCCUUGUUGGAGGCCACCCAGUUGUUAGCAGCCACAUCAGAAACUGUUAAGCUAGAGAUACUCCCUGCUCACUACAGUAGACUUCCCCUCAAGCCUCUGGAUACAGUCAAAGUGCAGAAGAGUGAACACCACCACUGCUGGGAUCCUUGUGUCAGCUACUGCCACACCCACCAUCCAGGACAUUGCAAGACACCAACCUGGAAUCAGACAACCAGCCAGGAUUAUUGUAAAUCUCUUGUAGCUUCCAACUUUGCAUCUCCCACCAUGAACGCAUCAGGGUUGGCCUACCAGAAUUCCAAUACUCUACCUCGAAGCAAUCAUCCCAUGAGCCCACGGGCCACAUUGAUGAGGAGAAGACAGAGGAAGAAGGAGCACAAAAGUUCAUUAUCAUUAGCUUCCAGCACUGUGGGUCCUGGUGGGCAGAUUGUUCAUACAGAAACAACAGAGGUGAUUUUAAGAGGAGACCCCUUGAACGGCUUUGGACUGCAGCUCCAGGGUGGGAUCUUUGCUACCGAAACCCUCUCUUCGCCGCCUCUCAUCCGUUUCAUUGAGCCAGACAGCCCAGCAGAAAGGUGUGGCCUUCUACAAGUUGGAGACAGAGUACUUUCCAUCAACAGCAUUGCAACUGAAGAUGGGACAAUGGAGGAAGCCAACCAGCUGUUGCGGGAUGCAGCACUUACGAAUAAAGUCGUGUUAGAGAUUGAAUUUGAUGUGGCAGAAUCUGUCAUUCCAAGCAGUGGUACCUUCCAUGUGAAACUACCUAAGAAAAGGGGUGUGGAACUUGGGAUUACUAUCAGUUCAAGCAGAAAGUCUGGUGAGCCUUUAAUUAUCUCUGAUAUCAAGAAGGGGAGUGUAGCACAUAGGACUGGCACCUUGGAGCCUGGAGACAAGCUGUUAGCUAUUGAUAAUAUCCGUCUUGACAAUUGCUCAAUGGAAGACGCAGUGCAGAUUUUAAAACAGUGUGAAGAACUUGUCAAAUUGAAGAUCAGGAAGGACGAGGAUAACUCUGAUGAGCAAGAAACCACUGGGGCUAUCAUCUACACAGUGGAAUUGAAGAGAUAUGGUGGGCCCCUGGGAAUCACUAUUUCAGGCACAGAAGAACCUUUUGACCCCAUUGUCAUUUCAGGCUUGACAAAACGAGGGCUGGCAGAACGAACUGGAGCUAUCCACGUAGGAGAUCGGAUAUUAGCUAUUAAUAAUGUCAGCCUUAAAGGGAAGCCCCUAAGCGAAGCCAUUCAUCUGCUCCAAAUGGCUGGAGAGACAGUAACGCUAAAGAUCAAAAAGCAAACUGAAAGGACUUUUCCUCAAAAUUCUGGGAGUAUGACUGAGGUUAGUGACCUAGAGGAUGAUUUGACUGAUUCUCAGAAAACUAGCAAGCUCUCCGAGGUGUAUUCCACCACAAUCCCUAGUGUGGAUAGUGCUAUGGAAUCUUGGGAUGGUUCGGGUAUUGACACAGGCUACGGAAGCCAAGUGGGUACUUACUUGCCUCAGGCUGUCGGCAUUGCGCUUCACCCCCAUGAAUGGAGAUCCAGCAGGCAGAAAAACAGCACCCCUCCUGGAGACCCCAGGAAGAGCUACCCUUUCACACAUGGCGGUUUCAAUGAGGAAGACUGGGAGAAGCCGAGCAGAUAUCCCACCCGCCAAAAUGAGGAUAAUUUUUGGCGCGUUUUUGGAGAAGCUUUGGAGGACUUGGAAACUUGCGGCCAAUCGGAACUUUUGAGGGAGAUUGAGGCAUCCAUCAUGGCUGGCAGUGUACAUAAUCUGAGCCUUGAUGGGGGCAAACUGCCCAGGAACUCUGUGAACCAGUCAGGACUGAGCCCAGCAAAGAAAAGCAACCCUAAGAGCUCAGGUGAAGUGGAGGACAACAACAAUGUGACCCCUACUAAAAAUGACAAGAAUUUGGAGAUAAAGACAAUAAAGGAUGAGAUUCAAGAAAUCAUGUCUCCGACUCCUCUUGAGCUGCAUAAGAUGACAAUUUACAAGGAUCCUGAAACUGAAGACUUUGGGUUCAGUGUCUCUGACGGCUUGCUAGAAAAGGGUGUCUAUGUGAAUAUGAUCCGUCCAGGUGGGCCAGCUGACCAGUGUGGACUCAAGCCUUACGACAGAGUCCUCCAGGUGAAUUGCAUCCGUACAAGGGACUUUGAUUGCUCUCUGGCUGUUCCUCUGAUAUCUGAGGCAGGAAAUAAGUUGGACCUUGUAAUCAGUCGAAAUCCCCUGGCUUUCAUUGCCAAUACUUGCCUACAGGAGCCAAGAAGCUUUCCAGACCAGCAGUCGGUUGGAGGGGAGGUGAAGACAAGCGCACAGACACUCUGAAGGACGGCUAGGUUUGGUGGUCUGCUCUUCUCAAGGUUCUGGGGGAGCAAAGGAAUUAAUGGGUGUCUGUUGUGUGGUGUGUGAGGGUUUUUUGUUUGGGUUGUUGUUCCAUUUUCUUUUGCACUCGUGUUUAUGCUUAAUCUGCGUAAUGUCAGUUGCUGUGAAGAGAUGUUUCCUUUCCCCCAACCAAUCACAUUUUGAAGCCAGCACAGCUUGGCUUUGAAGGUUCAAGCUGAGAUGGAGUGAACUAUCAGGGAUGGAGCCAGUUGCUGACAGCAACACCCAGAAUAAUUCACCCACAGGAGAACAACACCCUUACUCAUCAUAUGAGUGUUUCCACUGCAUGGGUAAUAGAGCACAAGCUCUUCCCCAGUCUGUAAGGACUUGGAUACAUGGUGCUGUUUUUGUUUGUUUUGUUUAAUCAAGUGAAGUUAAUCUUAAAAUGGAUUCCCCUUUUUUUGUGAAAAACAUCCCUAAGACACUCCUUGAGCCCCUUCUCCAGUUCCCCUGCACAUUCUUACAGAUCACUAUCAGGCGCUCCUUUGACACUAAGUGCACAUUCUACUUUUGGAUUUAAUUUAAAAGGUAACCUGUUCAUCAAGAAGAUAAAGCUCUGACAAAUACCUUCCCCAUAAUUUAUUCUUUGGGACAUACCAGAAAUAUUUUUCACCUUCAAAAUUCUUUAUAAUUUAUUCUUUGGGUGAUGGCAGAAAUACGUUUCACCUUUAAAAUAUUGUCCACUUUAAUUCCUUACUGAGUUUCUUACUCUCCAUUACCAUUUCUUGAAAGCACUUAUUGUAUAGCAUUGCACAAGGAACAUAAAGCCUCUUGGACUAGCUAUUUAUUUUUGAGCACAAACAGAGCCCUAAAAUUGUUCCCAGAUGUCCCCUCUGUACAAAGUUAUGAGUGGGCAGCUGAACAUAAGUCACUUGCAUCAAUGUCUUCUCCCCCUUAAUGAUCCGGGUGAUGGUGGUGGAAGGAACUUUGGUUACUCCGUAGCAUGAGACAGUGUCUCUUGAUUGAUAUUGUACCUCCAAGUACAUCCUCUGUGGAUUGCACCAGUGCAAUGUGUACGUUUGUUUAAUCCCACGAUGAUGCUUGACACUUUGUUGUAACCUAUCAGUAGCGGCAUCCCUGUGUUUUUUCUACAAUUACCUUCCCCCCCCCCCCUUCUAUGACUUGUGAGCAUGAAGCCUUUGUAAACCAGGACUUUGCAUCAGCCUCCUGAGUCAAAUCCUCUUGUAGCGCUGCUGUGUGUGAUAUUCACAUUCUUUCAAUUAUCUGCCUACAAUUAACAAUUUCAAAAGAAGCCAUGAUUUUUUCAUUUCAAAAGGAUUUUUCAUUUCAAAAUGACAGGAUUUGUCAGUCCACUCAUGGGUUCUGGAACCACUCUUUUAUUGUGAUUAUUUGAGUUGACCUUUACUUGGGAAUUUAGUUCAUUGAAUGGGAAAACUGGCUCCUCUCUUCCUUUCUAAUAGUUUUAAUUUUGAUAUCUAUUUUCUACUGUUUUGAUUCAUAUUGAGAUACCAUGGUUUUGUCAAGAUUAGAAACACCCGUUAGAUGAGUCUAUUGAUCCAAGGUGGUUUCUGGUCUGAACCCAGCCCAAGCUGUGAGCAUAUAUAUCUUUUUUUGCUAUUGCACAGCACUGCUCUCUCUCUUUGUGACUUUCUUAUCAAGAUGUGCAUGAGUCUUAUUGGGCUGUCUCUAGCUGUAGCCAUUCUCUCUUCUCAAAGUAUGCAAUAUUCCAUACCAUUGCUGCCAUACUCUAGAUAAUGUGCCAUAAAAGAAACAAAAAAAUAUUGAUGGAUGUGUGGAAAAUGGGGGUUUUAUAUGCAAUAUUCUCAUAAUGGCAGAAGCUCCCUGUGGCUUCAAUUAGGUUUUUAAUGAAGACUUUUAAUAAGGCUUUAAAAAUGGUCCUUGUAUCCCUUCCUAUGCAUUUUGAAUGAUAUAAAAAUGAAAUGCAUUAAAUGUGUAUUUUUAUCCAUAUAUUAGAGUGUAUUCCUGUACAAAGUAUUUUUAUAUGCUAAUUUUCUUAUGUAUCUAUGAAAGCACAAUAUUCAAAGAAUAUUUUAGUCCUGUUUUGGACCUAUUUGUAAAUCUGUGUAUUUAAAUGGUAUUACAAUUCCUUAGAUUUUUUUUAAAUUAAAUAAAGCAAAAUAAAUUAUAAUGUAUGUUUUCUUUAGAAAGUUAACUUAUCAUAAUGACUGAUCUGUAGGGUUUACAUCUGUUUCCACAAAGGUAGCUCUAUCUUUAUGAUCCUUAUGAGAGCCAAAGGAUUUAUAAUAUAAACAAAUGAAACAAGUAAUAUAUCUUGUCUUACUGAUAAGGCCUUUCCUCCAAGGAAGUAUUUGUAAGAUGGCAGUAUUGGACAUAUUCUACAUUCUGCUAUUGACAUUCUAGAAAAAUUGUGCCUCUUGUGCCCAGCUUGAUCACGGUGAUGAUUCUUACUUUGCUAUGAGACUUUACAUUUACAAAUAACUAUAGAAAUGUGUUUAUGAAAUCACCAGAACUCAAGUUUGCUAGCCAACAAGCUUUGUCCAUCUUGAAAGAGAGCCCUUAACUUUGUCCGAUACAAUUUUGAUCUCCCUUGGAGAAGAUGUCAAAAUAUUCCAUAUAAGAAUGACCCUGGACUUUGUCCUUUCAAGGAAAUUGAAACAGUAUCACAUGUCUUCUCGCAGUGCCCUUUUUUAAGAACACAUAGCACAAUGAAUUAAUAAUUCCUCUUCUGAAUCACAGUCAUUCAAAAAUCAGAUGUGAACACUUUCUUACAUUUAGGCAAGAAAAACAAAAUGCACAGGUACCAGAUAUGUGGUACCUUGCUCAAUAGCUGUGAGAGGGCUCUUGGAGUCCUAGUGGACAACCAUUUAAAUAUGAGCCAGCAGUGUGCAACAGCUGCCAAAAAAGCCAACACAGUUCUAGGUUGCAUAAACAGAGGGAUAGAAUCAAGAUCACGUGAAGUGUUAAUGCCAUUUUAUAAUGCCUUGGUAAGGUCACACUUGGAAUUCUGUAUUCAGUUUUGGUCGCCACAAUGUAAAAAAGAUGUUGAGACUCUAGAAAGAGUGCAGAGAAGAGCAACAAAGAUGAUUAGGGACUGGAGGCUAAAAUAUAUGAAGAACGGUUGCAGGAACUGGGUAUGUCUAGUUUAAUGAAAAGAAGGACUAGGGGAGACAUAAUAGCAGUGUUCCAGGGGUGGGUUGCUCCUGGUUCUUCCUGGUUCAGGUGAACCGAUAGUGCAGUGGCGGGAGGCUCCACCCAUCCACCAAAAGUGCCCUGCACUCGUACACUACUGAUAGCAAACUGGUAGCACCGGGAUUUGAAUACCACCACUCCAGUGUUCCAAUAUCUCAAGGGUUGCCACAAAGAAGAGGGAGUCAAACUAUUCUCCAAAGCACCUGAGGGUAGAACAAGAAGCAAUGGGUGGAAACUAAUCAAGGAGAGAAGCAACCUAGAACUAAGGAGAAAUUUCCUGACAGUGAGAACAAUUAAUCAGUGGAAUGACUUGCCUCCAGAAGUUGUGAAUGCUCCAACACUGGAAAUUUUAAAGAAAAUGUUGGAUAACCAUUUGUCUAAAAUGGUGUAGGGUUUCCUGCCGAAGCAAGGGGUUGGACUAGAAGACCUCCAAGGUUCCUUCCAACUCUGUUAUUCUAUUCUAUUCUAUUCUAUUCUAUUCUAUUCUAUUCUAUUCUAUUCUAUUCUAUUCUAUUCUAUUCUUUGCUCAAUGUCAAUUUUCACAAGUGCUGGUACGAGGUAGUUCAUUAAAAAUAGCUAUUUAUUUAUUUACUUACCAGCU